AUGUCUGAACAUAACAAUCCUCCAGGUACUUUUCCCAACAAGGGAGCCGCUACAGCGCUUGCUGUCCUUGGCACGGUUUGCUGGUGUGUGCAAUUGAUUCCCCAAGCCAUUAAAAAUUAUCGUGCAAAAUCCACUGCUGGCCUCGAUACUCUCUUCAUCUUUAGCUGGGUAAUUGCGUCGGUCCCCCUUUCCGUCUAUAACUUGGUACAGGACCUCAACAUUGCACUUAAAAUUCAGCCUGAACUCUUUCAAUUGCUGUCUUUAGUGACCUUCUUCCAGUGUCUCAUCUACGGCGAAGGCUGGUCGGCCCGUAAAUCUUUUAUCGUCGUCGGUGCUCUUGCUGCUCUUUCCGCUGGUUUACAGGCCAUGCUCAUUCUUACCAUCCAGCUAGGCAUGCGUCGCCAUGUCGAAUGGCCUGUUACAUUAAUGGGUGUUUUAGCCACCAUCCUUGUCAACAUUGGCUUUCUUCCUCAGUAUAUUCAAAUUUUCCGCCAGAAGACUGUUCGAGGAAUUUCAUACAUUUUCUUGAUCAUUGAUUCUGCGGGUGCUCUUUUGUCCUUCAUAUCAUUACCUUUUGACCGAUGGGAUGUGCUAGCUGCCAUCGAUUAUGGUCUCGUCUUUGUUUUAGAGAUGGGUAUCUUUGCGCUAGUCCUUAUAUUUAACGUUAUCCUUGGCAAGAAGUCCAAGGCGUACGAUGAAAACGAAGAAACUCAAACUAGGGACGAUGAAGAAGAAGAGGAAAAGCCCAAGAUCCUUAUCCGAAACCCUACUUCGAGAUCUGACUACACUGUUCAUCCUCAAGAAAAAUCGAUCCACAUCCCUUGA